GUUUAUUGGAUAACUCAAAAACAAAACGCUCCCAUUACCAGGUCUCCGUACAUGCCCUCAGCCUCUGAAUCCAACUCCAUGUUUCAUACCACAAAUGGGGUCUCUCGACUCUCCGUCUCCCAAUUUCUAUUCCAAGAUUGACGAAAAUACCCUCCUCAAUCUCUUCAAAUCCCAACAAAACCACCUUAAUUACUUCUUCCAAAACCUUGAUCUCUCCCAGACCCUUUCCUUCACCCAAACCCUCCUCAAUUCCACCGGCACUAUCUUCUUCUCCGGCGUCGGUAAGUCUGGUUUUGUUGCUAAUAAGAUCUCCCAAACCUUAAUCUCCCUCGGCAUUCCCGCUGGAUUCCUCUCCCCUCUCGAUGCCCUCCACGGUGAUAUUGGUAUCCUCGCCGCCCGUGAUAUUCUCGUGCUUUUCAGCAAAUCUGGUAAUACUGAGGAGUUGUUGCGCCUUGUGCCUUGCGCUAAGGCUAAGGGUGCUUUCCUUGUGUCUGUCACGUCCGUGGAAUGUAAUGCACUUGCUACCGUUUGUGAUAUGAAUGUGCAUUUGCCUUUGGAAAGGGAAUUGUGUCCUUUUGAUUUGGCUCCGGUGACUUCCACUGCUAUACAGAUGGUUUUUGGGGAUACGGUGGCGAUUGCCCUUAUGGGUGCUAGGAAUUUGACUAAGGAUGAGUAUGCUGCUAAUCAUCCUGCUGGGAGGAUCGGAAAAAGCUUGAUUUUUAAGGUAAAAGAUGUUAUGAAGAAGCAAGAUGAGCUUCCAGUCUGCAGGGAAGGAGAUUUGAUAAUGGAUCAGCUAGUUGAGCUAACAAGUAAAGGUUGUGGUUGCCUGCUUGUUAUUGAUGAAGAAUAUCACCUGAUUGGAACUUUCACAGAUGGUGAUCUUAGGCGCACACUCAAGGCUAGUGGGGAAGGCAUCUUUAAGCUCACAGUGGGGGAGAUGUGCAACAGGAACCCAAGAACAAUUGGUCCAGAUGCAAUGGCUGUGGAAGCCAUGAAGAAGAUGGAAUCACCACCGUCCCCUGUGCAAUUUUUGCCUGUGAUCAAUCAUCAAAAUAUCGUGAUUGGCAUUGUUACCCUGCAUGGAUUAGUUUCUGCUGGUCUUUGAUCUGUAACUUUUUUUUUCUUUUUGCUUCUCCAUUUUCGUUACUGUUGUAAAUUUUUUUCUUAGUUUAAUUCUUUCUGGCUAUUGGAACUUGAAUUUACCCCAAUGUGGGGAUCUUCUGUACUUCUAUUGCACAAUUAUUGUCAAAUGAAUAUGGAUGUGAUAUGUGUCAUUGUUUC